AUGGAGCUCAUUUCCUUCGUAGGCUUAAUAGUCAUAAUAGCAAUACUGGUUAUGAUGGCGCUUACAAAUCAUCCACAGCAUGUGGAAGCAGAAAAACAAAAGUUGAGAGCACAAGUUCGACGUCUUUGUCAAGAAAAUGCAUGGCUACGUGAUGAACUCGCAAACAUACAACAAAAGCUACAACUUAGUGAACAAAAAGUUGCAGAAAUUGAAGAACAAAAUAAACAUUUAGAAUUUAUGAAAAAAAUGAGGAAAUACGAUGAAGAAGAUACCACACAAGCAACUCCAGACCAAGAAACUAUCAGUUCUGAGAAGGAUUCCAAAAAUCUCCCGCUAGACCUUGGCUUCCCAGAUGGUGAUGAAGAUAAUCAGCAGCAGGACAGCAUGAUGUCUCCAUAUCAACCCAUGGUGAUGUCUCAAGCAGCUGCUGGCGGACAUGAAAUUCCCGCAAGGCUACGAACACUCCACAACUUAGUCAUUCAGUUUGCUUCACAAGGGCGCUAUGAGGUGGCAGUGCCUCUGUGUAAACUGGCACUGGAAGAUCUGGAGAAGACAACUGGCCAUGACCAUCCAGAUGUAGCUACAAUGUUGAACAUUUUAGCCUUAGUAUACAGAGACCAAGGCAAAUACAGAGAGGCUGCCAACCUGUUGAAUGAUGCCCUAGGCAUCAGAGAGAAAACUCUUGGACCUGAUCACCCUGUAGUUGCAGCCACUUUGAAUAAUCUUGCAGUUUUGUAUGGAAAGAGGGGGAAGUACAAGGAAGCCGAACCUCUCUGUAAAAGGGCUCUUGAAAUUAGAGAAAAGGUCUUAGGCAAGGAUCACCCAGAUGUUGCCAGACAGUUGAAUACCUUGGCCUUGCUUUGUCAGAACCAAGGGAAAUAUGAAGAUGCAGAACAGUACUACCAGAGAGCACUGGAGAUCUAUGAGACCAAAUUGGGGCCUGAUGAUCCUAAUGUUGCCAAUACAAAGAAUAAUCUAGCCUCUGCCUACCUGAAGCAAGGGAAAUACAAGCAAGCUGAAAUCCUUUACAAAGAGGUUCUCACUAGGGCACAUGAAAAGCAAUUUGGGAAAGUAGAUGGUGAUAAUAAGCCCAUCUGGAUGCAGGCGGAGGAGAGAGAGGAGAACAAGGGCAAGUUCAAGGAUAGUGCCCCAUAUGGAGAGUAUGGAGGCUGGCACAAAGAUGCCAAGGUAGACAGUCCUACUGUUACCACCACAUUAAAAAACUUGGGAGCCCUCUACAGAAGGCAGGGCAAAUAUGAAGCUGCAGAGACCCUUGAAGAAUGUGCCAAAAACGUAAGGGUUCGGGCUCUUGAUGUUAUGCAGCAAACCAAGAUUGCUGAAGUGGUCGGAAGCAAAGGCAAAGAUCAAAAUACCCCAAAAGAGAAGAAGUGCUCAAGCAGUAAAGAUCGCAUGCGCCAAGACUCUGCAGAUAGAGUCUCGUAUGACAAGAGUGGUGGUAAUGCUGAUGAUACUGGGAAACUAAAAGGCAGUGGUUCGUUUUCCAAACUACGAGCAUCCAUUAAAAGUAGCAACGCUAAACUGGUACAGAAACUGAAAGAACAAAGGUCCUCCGACUCUGACACUAAUUUGGGAAGCAUGAAAAAAGCAAGCCCAAUGUCAGUGCUGAAUGCAAACAGUGAAGAAGAGAAAUUUAAUGCUCUUGAUGCUGUGCAGCAAACCAAGAUUGCUGAAGUGCUCGGAAGCGAAGGCAGAGAUCAAAAUACCCCAAAAGAGAAGCACUCCAGCAGUAAAGAUCGCAUGUGCCAAGACUCUGCAGAUAGAGUCUCGUAUGACAAGAGUGGUGAUAAUGCUGAUGAGUAA